AUGAGAGGGCUGGACCAGAUGGAAAAUCGGGGCGGUCGGCAUCUCCUGCUGGGUGAGGUCGUUGGACACAGCGCACUUGGUGCGCAGCCCACGCAGGCUGCCAAUGGAGAUGCGGAUGAGCUUCUGGAGCUGCCCGCACUGCUGCAGCGCCUGGCUGGCAGCGGCCCCUGCACCACCCUCCGAGGUCACCGCAUCACCCUCGCUGCCGCCCUCCUCCUUCUCUCGCAUCGCCGCCAGGCGCAGCGCCGCUCUAUGCGGGGCGCGGGCGUGUAGGCAAGGAAACCCCUGAGCCGGGAGUGCUGGACCAGGAGCGCCCCUCGGCGCUGCCUGAGCCAGGACGCCGGUAGAGCUGGCAGCCGAGUCUGCCAAUCCCGCCCUCAGACCCGCGGCGGCGUGGGAAAAAGCCGCGGUGACGGGGGCAAAAAGCCGCGGCGGCGGGGGCAAAAAACUGCAAAAACCGCGGCGGCGGGGACAAAAAGCCGCAAAAAGCCGCGGCGGCGGCGGGGGCAAGAAGCCGCUGCGGAAAAAACCUGCGGCGGCGGUGACAAAAAGCCUCGGCGGCGGGGGCAAAAAGCCGCAAAAAGCCGUGGCGGCGGGGGCAAAAAGCAACGGAGGCGGGGGCCGAAAGCUGCGGCGGCAGGGGGUUGGGGGCAAAAAGACGCGAAAAGCCUCCGCGGCCGGGGAAAAAGCCGCGGGGGCGGGGGCAGAAAGCAGCGGCAGCGGGGGCAAAAGGCAGCGGAGGCAAAAACCCGCGUUGGCCCGGGGCAAAAUAGUGGAAAUGUGGUAGAAGGCCAGCACAGCUUGGCAUUCCUGGAGUGUGAUGUGGAAGGAAAAGUGCAGCGGAAGACAAAAAAAGAUGUAAGUAGACUUGACUCAGUGCAGCUAAGAACCCAGAUGAUAUCUUGA